AUGGGUGACGGCGACUCCACCAGCUCCAUGCGUCUAAAGCAAGAGAUUUCACUCCUGCAUGGCGUCUGCCUCAUCGUGGGGAGCAUAAUUGGCUCAGGCAUCUUUGUUUCCCCCAUCAGUGUUCUUGGGAAAACAGGAUCUUAUGGCCUGUCUUUGGUGGUUUGGGUUAUUGGAGGAAUCUUCUCUGUUUUUGGCGCCCUGUGCUACGCUGAGCUGGGAACCACUUUUCUCAAGUCAGGAGGCAGUUAUGCCUACAUCCUGGAGACCUUUGGGGGUUUUCUGGCUUUUAUUCGUCUGUGGACCACACUGCUGAUCGUGAGACCAGCUAACCAGGCGAUUGUUGCACGCACUUUUGCUAAUUACCUAGUGAAACUGUUCUUUCCUAACUGCCCGGCACCAUAUGAUGCAGUAUGGCUCAUUGCAGCUCUCAUUAUAGGUCUUCUAACCUUGGUGAACUGCAUGAAGGUGAAAUGGGGGUUCAUUCUUCAGGUCAUCUCUACUGUGGCUAAAGUCCUGGCUCUCAUCAUCAUUAUCAUUUUUGGAAUGGUUGUGCUGGCCCAAGGAAAAACAGACAACUUUAGGGAUUCGUUUGAGAACUCUAAACUGGAUGCAGGAAACAUGGCUCUGGCUCUGUACGCCGCUCUAUACUCUUAUUCAGGCUGGGACACCCUGAACUUCAUCACAGAGGAGAUUAAAAACCCAGAGAGGAACCUGCCGUUGUCUAUAGCGAUCUCCAUGCCUAUUGUCACAGUAAUCUACAUCCUGACUAAUGUUGCUUAUUACACUGUCCUGGACAUGAAUACACUGCUACAAAGUGAAGCCGUGGCUGUGACGUUUGCUGACUAUGUGCUGGGAUAUGCUACCUGGCUCAUCCCACUGUCUGUGGCCAUCUCCUGUUAUGGAGGUUUAAACUCCUCUAUCAUUACUGCCUCCAGGCUAUACUUUGUGGCUUCGCGUGAGGGCCACUUACCCAACAUCCUCUGCAUGAUCCACAUCAAACGCUACACACCAAUCCCAGCCCUGCUGUUUAAUUGUGGCAUGUCACUCAUAUUUCUCGGCGUGAAAGACGUGUUCCAGCUAAUUAAUUACUUCAGUUUUAAUAACUGGCUGUUCAUCGGCCUUUCCAUUAGCAGUCUGAUCUACAUGCGCAUCAAAGCACCUGACCUGCCCCGUCCUAUCAAGCUGAGUCUGUUCUUCCCUAUAGUGUACUGUCUGUGCACCGUGUUUCUGGUGGUUGUACCGCUCUACAGUGACACUGUAAACUGUCUGGUGGGAAUCAUCAUCGCUCUCUCUGGGGCUCCUGUGUAUUACAUGUGUGUGUACCUUCCGCCUGAGUCCAGACCAGCCUUUCUGGGACACAUGCUCGACACAAUUUCACUGCAGACACAGAAGCUGUGUUAUUGCUGUGUGGCAGAACACGAUUUGGACCUGGACAAUCUGCCUGAGGAUCACAAAAAAGAAUAA